AUGCAAUCUGAUAUUGUUCGCUCCACAUCGGCAGGAGGGCCCGUGCGGAUGCAACAGCAGCAGCAUCAGCAGCAGCAGCAGCAGCAGCGGCCAGAGCAGCAGAGCCUUCGAAUCCAAGCAUCUCGUGGCUCCUCCGCCUCUCCCUUUGGUCCUUCCCCCUAUGGCUCACCCCGCCCCCACCACAGCAGCAGCAGCCCCACCCACACCACCACCAACACCAACAUCAAUACCACCACCACCAACACAAAUACCAACACGAACACCAACACCACCACUAGUGCGGCCUCCUCUCCCCGCUCCCGCAUGAGCUGGGGAAGCGGGGGAGAGAGUGGGGGGGGAGCGGGUGGUGCUGGUGCUGGGGGGGGUGGAGGUGGGGGAGGCGCAAGGGAGAGGUUGUGUGGGGGUGGCGGCAGUGGCAGCUUGAAACGGCCUCUUGAGGAGGAUAGUGGUGGGGCGGAGGAGAUGGACUGUGCUGGGCUGAGUGGGGGGAGCGGUGCGGCCGAGUCGGUACGAUGGCGAGGGGGCAGUGCGAGAGAGGGGAGUUCCGGGGACGGGAUGGCUGGUGCUGGUGCGUCUGCCAGCGGUGCUGGUGCUGCUGGUGCUGCUGCUGGUGCUGCUGCUGGUGGUGGUGCGAGGGUUUCAAGGGAGAGGUCAGGAGGGGCGGAUGGGCAGGGACAGGGUGCAACAGGAGGGGAAAUUGGCGCUGGUGCUGCCAGUGAGGAAGAACGAGGAGCGCCAGGAGCAACAGGGUCAGCGCAAGCAGCACCAACCAGAAGGCAAGGCAGCUUUGGGUCAGGCGGGCUGCAGAGUCUAGAAGCCGCCUUUGCUCCCUUCGACUCGACACAAAAACAAAAUCUUGGGGCGGCGUUUGCAACGUUUUCGACGUCGGAGGAGGAGAGAAGGCGGGCAGAGGAGCAGUUUCGGAAGCUGGCGAGGCAAGCCGAGUUCAACGAUCCCUCGCUGGCCGCUGCUGUCAAGCUCUCCCGCUCUGCCAUGAGCCGAGGCUCCUCUGGUGAAUUCUUAGGUGCUCCCUCUGGCGCGGCUGGUGGUUCUGCUGGUGCGUCUGCUGCUGGGACUGCUGGCGGACUGGUUUCGCCCGGUGGGAGUGGGUCCAAAGCGGUGAAUUCCCCACGGGCGCCCAUGGAGGUCACGAGUGCUGGGGAUAGGCUAGAUGCGAUUUUAUCCCCUGCGUUACUAUCUCCUUCAAUAAGCGAUCCGUCCGAAGCUGAGAAGCAGGUUCAGGCGCUGCUGCAGCGGAAGCUGAACGAAAUGGCAGCAGGCUCGGCGCAGGCUCGGAAAGCCCUGCUUGAUCGGCUGAAGGUUGAGGUUGCUGAAAGGAGGAAGGUUCUGAAUUCGAAGAGAGGGUUGGGUGAAGGGGAGGACGAGGAGGAUGGGGAGGACGAGGAGGAAGAGGAGGAUGGUAGUGAUGGUAGCGAUAGUGGCGGGUCGGAUGGUAUAGACCGAAUGAUUGGUGGUGCAGGCACAGCAGCAGGGGUAGAAGGAGGAGGGGGGAGAGGUUUUGGGAGAGGAAUGGGAGGGAAUCUGGCUGGAGGUGUUGGGAAUGAGGCGGGGAUGAGAGGGGUAGGGGGGGCGGUGGAUGGGCGAGUAGUGCUGCCCAGCCGGCUCUCUCCAGUGGUGCUUUUGAGGUGA